GAAACGCCGCUUUCCGGGCUUUGUGCCUUUGCGCACGCGCUCUGGCGCCAACUCCGCCUCCUGGAGGCGGCGGGCCCCUUGCAAGGCGGGGCCCAGGGCGGUUGUGUGGGUGUGACGUCGCUGCGCUCGACACUCAGUGUUGCCGGGCGGCGAUGGCGGCUCCUCUGGAGUCCUCCGGGGAGGACCAACUGCGGAACUUUGUGCGAGUUUUGGAGAAGCGAGAUGGCACGGUGUUACGACUACAGCAGUACGGCUCCGGCGGCGUGGGUUGCGUUGUUUGGGACGCUGCCAUCGUCCUUUCUAAAUACCUGGAAACGCCCGAGUUUUCCGGCGAUGGGGCCCACGCGCUGAGCCGGCGGUCGGUGCUGGAGCUGGGCUCUGGCACCGGGGCCGUGGGGCUCAUGGCUGCUACCUUCGGGGCAGAUGUCAUAGUCACCGACCUAGAGGAAUUGCAAGACUUGCUGAAGAUGAAUAUUAAUAUGAACAAGCAUCUUGUCACUGGUUCUGUUCAAGCCAAGGUACUGAAAUGGGGGGAAGAAAUAGAAGACUUUCCUUCUCCUCCAGACUACAUCCUGAUGGCCGACUGCAUAUACUAUGAAGAGUCUUUGGAGCCACUGUUGAAAACCCUAAAAGAUCUCAGUGGAUCUGAGACUUGUAUUAUAUGUUGUUAUGAACAACGAACAAUGGGAAAAAAUCCAGAAAUCGAGAAAAAAUAUUUUGAGCUUCUUCAACUAGACUUUGACUUUGAAAAAAUUCCUUUGGAAAAACAUGAUGAAGAAUAUCGAAGUGAAGAUAUUCACAUUUUAUACAUCAGAAAGAAAAAAUCGAAAUUUCCGUCGUGAAAUCUAAUCAUCUUACCCAAGCCUCUAACAACGUGGGUAAGCUAACAUUGUGAAUGGAGCAUGUGAAUACAGCAUGGGAAGAUUGUGUUCACAGAUUUUUCCAGCAUGUCCUUAGGGAUCCGAUAUGUAGACAACCACCACGGGCUGCCUGCAGUACGAAAAAUGAUCGACUGACUGCCUACCUGCCAAUGGGCCUGAAAUCAACUUAGUUUACUUUUAGCUCAGCAUCAAGUUCUGCUUAAAAGAAACAUGUUUCAGUCACUCCUCAAAUAAAAAUAGGUACUGAGGUUAGCCUAAAGUCUGCCAAAAAUAGUGAAGUAGCAUGGUUGACUUGGUGUAUUUUCAGGAAACUAGAGAUAAGUUGAUCCAGUUUCUAAAGAGAGAUAUCAAUUACUAUUUAAUAAUGUUUAAAUUCAAAUCAAUAAAUUUUAGCUUGUCUUCAAGAUAAAUUUAAAAGGUUUUUAUUUUAACGUAUUUAUGCAGUGGUUUUUACCGUAAGUAUCUUCCACUUCAUUGCUUUUAAGAUAACUUUAAUACUUGUGUUCUUUUACUUUAAAAAAAAAAUGAAAAUACUGUUUUGUGGCCAAGUUCUAUGCUUUUCCUUCACCAUACUGACUACAGUAUAAUUUACUAUGUGAGUUAGAUAGUAGAUUAUACCGUAGUCAGUUGAUAAAGAUGAAAGUAAGGUAUCGGGAGAUUGGGAGGGAGGAAAAGGUAUCUUUACAAAAUUGUUUACUUGAGAAUGGAGUGAAAAUAAAAAGUCCAGCUUCAGGCUCUUGCAUUUAUGUGGCUCAUGCACUUUUCCUCACGUAUAGCUUCCAGGAAAAUGCGGCUAAAGUCACUGGUGUUAACUUGUUUACAUGAAACAGAGAAAAGUAUUUAAAUGACUACAAAUGCAGUUCUGUAUACAUUUAUCAAAUGAUUUUGAUUCUGUGUGGUCUCUGUUUUAUGUUCUCAUGAGAAUCAUCUGUUCACAGACUGAUCUAUCAGGACUUCAGUCGCAUGGUUCCAAAGUGUAAUGGUAACCAGAUGGAAUUCUGGUACUUACAGACAUUGGUGCUAGGUGGCACAAUUUAUGUGUUAAAAUAAACAUUGUUUUUGAGAUCCUGUGA